GUCUGUUCUCUCCCCCCCACCCCCCACCCCCGCCCCAACACCCCACCCCAACACCCCAACACCCCAACACCCCAACACCCCAACACCCCAACACCCCCCCACCCCAACACCCCAACACCCCAACACCCCAACACCCCAACACCCCAACACCCCCCCACCCCAACACCCCAACACCCCAACACCCCCAACACCCCAACACCCCAACACCCCCAAACACCCCAACACCCCAACCACCCCCCACCCCAACACCCCAACACCACACCCCAACACCACACCCCAACACCACACCCCAACACCCCAACACCCCCCCCCCACCCCAACACCCCAACACCCCAACACCCCAACACCCCAACACCCCAACACCCCAACACCCCAACACCCCCCCCCCCACCCAACACCCCAACACCCCAACACCCCAACACCCCAAACACCCCAACACCCAACACCCAACACCCCAACACCCCCCCACCCCAACACCCCAACACCCCAACACCCCAACACCCCAACACCCCAACACCCCAACACCCCAACACCCCAACACCCCAUUCCAAAAAGUAGCCCCAGAGCCCACACAGGGAAGUAG